AGUGUCAGUGGGACGGGUUCUUCGCCUUGGAUCGCGCUUCUUGUUAUUGUGAGGAAGCGAAGGGGUAGCAGCGGGCAGUGAAAAUGGGCAAUUGUCACACGGUGGGACCGAAUGAGGCGCUGGUGGUGUCAGGUGGCUGCUGUGGAUCAGAUCAGAAACAGUACGUCAUUGGAGGAUGGGCUUGGGCAUGGUGGUGUGUCUCGCAGACACAGAGACUACCUCUGGAGAUCAUGACCGUCGUCUGUCAGUGUGAGGAUAUAGAAACCAUUGAGGGGGUCCCUGUAUAUGUUACAGGGGUCGCACAGGUGAAGGUAAUGACUGAUAUGGAGCUGUUAGCUGUGGCGUGUGAGCAGUUCCUGGGGAAAAGUGUCCAGGAGACCAAAAGUGUGGUGUUACAAACCCUGGAAGGACACCUCCGAGCUAUCUUGGGAACACUGACUGUUGAAGCCAUCUAUCAGGACCGAGAUCAGUUUGCCCAGCUGGUGCGUGAAGUAGCCGCUCCUGACGUAGGCCGCAUGGGAAUUGAGAUCCUCAGCUUCACCAUUAAGGAUGUUUACGACAAAGUGGAGUACCUGAGCUCAUUGGGGAAGUCGCAGACAGCGAUAGUGCAGAGAGAUGCAGAGAUAGGAGUGGCAGAAGCCGAGAGAGAUGCUGGAAUACGGGAAGCUGAAUGCAAGAAGGAAGCCAUGGAUGUUAAGUAUAGUGCUGACACCAUGAUGGCUGACUCCAAGCGAGCGUUCGAAAUGCAGAAGGCAUCCUUUAAUCAGGAAAUAAAUAUAAAAAAAGCAGAGGCUCAACUGGCUUAUGAGCUGCAGGGAGCCAAGGAGCAGCAGAAAAUCCGUCAGGAAGAAAUAGAGAUUGAGGUGGUCCAGCGCAAAAAGCAGAUUGACAUUGAGGAGAAAGAAAUCACUCGUAUGGACAAGGAGCUGAUAGGGACAGUGAAGAGGCCAGCAGAAGCAGAAGCCUUCAGAAUGCAGCAGAUUGCAGAAGGGCAAAAAGUGAAGCAAGUGCUGAUUGCCCAGGCUCAUGCUGAAAAGAUCCGCAAGAUUGGAGAGGCAGAAGCUUCUUCUAUUUCAGCGAUUGGAAAAGCUGAUGCUGAGAAAAUGAGAUUGAAGGCAGCAGCUUACCAGCAGUAUGGAAGCGCUGCCAAGAUGGCACUGGUGCUGGAUGCUCUUCCAAAGAUCGCUGCCGAGGUGACAGCUCCUCUUGCUAAGACGGAUGAAAUUGUGAUUCUCGGAGGAGACAAUAACCGUGUUACAUCAGAAGUCACGCGCUUAUUGGCAGAGGUCCCUCCCUCCGUCCACGCUCUCACGGGAAUCGAUCUAACAAAGGUACCUUUAAUCCAAAAAUUAACCAACGCCCAGGCCUGAUCAUGAAAAAGCCACAACAAAUUCAGGAUAUUUCUCUAUAGAGAAUACUAUUCCACAGACCUCCACCUCAGAACACUUGUAUAAGGAACUCCUUUUCUACUGACUACUUGUGUGAUUUUUCUUUUUAAAUUUUACUUUUGUUUUUCUUUUCCUCUUUAAAACCUCUGGUGCCUUAAUUUAAUCUGGAUCAGAAUUCAUUGCAUGACAAGAAUUCUGUUUUCUUCCCCCUUCAAAUCGAAACAUUCAAUAAUUGUUCUCAUUUGUUGCUAAUCAUUUAAAGAUAAAACAGAUUCUGAUGUCCCUGUUGCAGGUUGGCUGGAGCUGGAUUGUUCGGCUGUGCAAAAAGUUAGCUUUUUAAAACUUACUUUCUGCUCUACCCUUGUGUGUUCUGUCUGCUGAUUAUAAUGCCAGUGCCAAUACCAAUCCUGGCCCAAUAUGCUGCUGGAGUUGGGAUGUAUUUUCUAGGCCAUAAAGAUGUCAGCCGCUGGUGUUGAUGGUGAGGGCUGCGAUUUCAUAGAAUUCGCCCUGGCGUGCCUAUGCCAGCUGUGUAAAAGAUUUGAAGCAGGAACAAGCCGGUCUAUCUCAGCUGUCACUUUCAAACAGAGUUCUCAAAUACCUGAACUUAACAUUUCCACUAAAAUUCAAAUGCUGCUGCCUUUCUGCCCCUGAAGUAUGGAUUUUUAAUUUUAAAUUUAAAUUAGUCCCCUGGACAUUCCUAGAUCUGGAUGACUGAUCCUGCAACAUGGGCACAGACAUAUCAGUGGAUGACAAAUCCUAAAAGCCAUAAGUAACUCCAGCAAACCAGACGUGCCUCUGCUGCUUGGACGUCACUGGUUUGAUGUGAUCAUGUAAAGAUUGAUGCCAUGAGACAUUGCUAAUCCUGUUUUUUUUCCUAAAUUGUUCUAUUGUGUCCCAAGAUGGAUAAAAUUGAUUUGUUGUAAUUGCCAUGGGUUGGUGAUGUGUAGAGGAUAUUUCCAGAUGUUGUCCUGGAGUGUAUUGGGGUGUGCUCCUCAACUUAAGACUUAUGUGAACUUGUAUAUUAAAAUGUGUAAUCUUAUUUUAAAUGGAAUUUCACAGUGGAGUUUGGUACAAGGUACACAACCUACAAGAAUAAAGUUUAUAAGAAGAAUAA